AUGGUGGCUGAGCGAACAGACAUCCGGCUUGCAGCUGUGCUAGGGCCGGCGGGCAUCCGCUGUAGCCGCCACCGCAUAUUCUCCGAGUAUUGUCCAGAGACACCCGACGCAGGACCCUUUUGCCUUGCAAUCUUUGUCGAUCAUAUCAUGGUCCGUUUCUAUAGCAAACAGUCACAGAGGGGAAAAGAAGAUUGUCUCGUGCAGGGGCAACUGCAGAAAUUACGCCAAUGGGCGGCCCAUUCCGCCACCGCUGAUAUCGACGGGACUUCCCCGAGUGUGAAGAACAUUAGCAGAAGCCUCGCGGGAACUUACCCUACUUGGGGUAUCUUAAGUUACAUGGGAUCAAUUCAGGCAAUCAACGUUGGAGAUGGAUUAUUGGCCUUAGCUUCUCUCGAUGGAUUUCUAAAUUCCCUCAUUUAUGCAACUGCAAGCACGACGUCGAGUAGUAUCUGGGAUAUUCCUUAG